UAUUUUAUUAUCACUUGGGAAAUGUUGAACAAUCCCGCCUCCGGAUCCCGAAUUCGAAAUCGAUGCCCGCUGAGCCUGUCGCCAUCUCGCAGGCGCUCCGAGCGAGCCUCGGGCCUGCGUCGGGUGCGUUAGUAGCGCGUCGAUUCGACGUGACAUUUAACUUUUGAACGACGGUUUCCCUCGGGCAGAACGACUUUUUUACGGUGGUACAUUCGCCGAGCGUGGCAGCGAGCAGCGCAAAAUGUCGUCGGGCGUGAUAGACAUCCUCGUGGACAUGGGUUUCAGCAUGUCCAAGGCGGAGAAGGCCCUGGCGAUCACCGGUAACAAAGGCGUGGAGCCGGCGAUGGAAUGGUUGCUGGCCCACUCGGACGAGGCGGAACUGGAGCCCGCCGUGGGCGAGAGCGCUCCGCAGAUGCCUGUCACAGAGGACAACGUCGCUGGUGCCAGCAGUCAACCGGUGUCCACGACCGACUCGGCCAAGUCUAUGAAGUGCGACGUAUGCGGAAAACUCUUCAACUCCAACCUGGAAGUUGAGUACCACGCCACAAAGUCCGGGCACGACAGAUUUUCCGAGAGCACAGAGGAGAAGAAGCCACUCAGCGAAGAGGAGAAGCGGGAGCAGCUGAAGAUGCUGGAGGAGAAGCUGAGGCAGAAGAGGAAAGAGAGGGAGGAGCAGGAAAAGAAGGAUGCGUUCGAAAGGGAGAAGAAUAGGAUACGAUCGGGAAAGGAGAUGUCCGAAGCCAGGAAAAAGUUGGAAGAGCUGGAGAUGCAGAAGCUCCUGGAGCAAAGAAAACGGGAGAAGGCGGAGGAGAAGGAGGCGAGGCAGAGAGUACGGGCGCAAAUCGAGGCCGAUAAAGCAGCGAGACGAGCUAAGGCGGCCGCCGAGAGCAAUCAGCCGGUUAAUCCGCCUGCGGCCUCGUUACCCGCGAUACCUUCGUCCGCGUCUGCGCAUCACAGGAAGGACUAUACCGAAACCAGGCUUCAGCUUAGGCUCACCAAUGGACAAACCUUGACCCAAAGCUUUGGAAGCAAGGAACAAUUAUCUGCGGUGAGACUGUUUAUUGAAAUGAAUAGGACAGACGGUAAUGGUCCUUUCCAGUUGAUGACCACGUUUCCCAAGAAAGUGUUUACGGACGAGGAUUACGAUACACCAUUGGACGUGUUAGGCCUAGUACCCUCGGCAGUCGUGAUCGUUCAGAAGAAGGUGGAAUGAUGUAGCCAGUAACGCCCUAAUUUGUAAGCAAAAAUACUAAUGUAUAUUAUCAUACAGAUUAAUUAUAAGAUAUUCACUCUAAUAUAAUGAUAUUCUUUAUUAACGGUUAUGAAACUCGUGUAUAUAUGAUACACAUAUACGAAUUUCUUUUUGAUUUCUGAAAUCGAUUUCAGAAGUCUGUUUUUUCUCAACGAAGAAUAUUUAUUGCAUUUAAAGAAAUAAUAUUGCGAUUAAAAAUUUAAAUAAUGAAAA